UGUUGAAAGUUUCGAGUUGUAUCAGUCUUUGGAUAAUGCAAACAAUAUACCGAUUAAAAGAACCACAAAUUGACAGGGAAGAGGACGUCAGGACAAUUAUACGGACGUUUCUUUUUCAGUUCUCGGAGAAGGCGUACGGUGGGCCUUCGUUCAAUCGCCCGGCUUGCUGUUUUGCGCCGCAUAUUUAUGGAGCCGGCAAAACAUUUCUAGGCCAAAACUUUUUGGCCUAUUUGAAUAUUUUUGCAGAGCGUGAGUGUUCCAAUGCACAGGCUUUUCAACAACUACACAGUUCAAACGAUAACCCCCAACCGAGUGCGUUGAAGGUGCCUUGGAAACACUUUGCGGAACAAACUUUGUCAGUUAUCUUAGAACUAAGAGAGAGCUUUUCUGAUGCUCCUUUUCCAAGGUUUCGAAAGGCUUUGAUGUAUAAUAUUAUUUUGAACGCUUACCGACAAAAUGGUAAAGAUGCGGACGCUCUUCAAAUAGCUGAAAGGACGGUAAAGAAUUUUGAUAUUGUAG